UUAUUAUUUUGUGGGUGUAUAUCAUUUUUGUUUCUUUUUGUUAACUUUUUAUAUUUUUUAUUUUUAUACAUUUAGUUUAAUAAACUGUUAUUUUGAUGUUUUGGGCUGGAUUUUGUGUCUUAUAUUCCUGGAACUCUGUCAGACUCACCAAAAAUGUAAUUUAAACAGGAUUAUGUUACGUUAAUCUUGCAUAAACAUUGCGCAUUCCAGCAGGCGGGAUCAACUCUUGAUUGACAUACAACAGUCAGGCCAUCUCCAUGGCAACACCUGAGCGUCUUUGACUGGAUGGGGUGUACUUCUCGUCUUUAGGCAGUCACUUUAGUUCGUUAUAAACAGGAAUAUCAACUGUGUUUAAUCAUUUAAAAUGCGACCGAGGUCAGCUGUGGAAAGCUGGGUGCCAUCAGUGAGGUCCGGACAAGUGCUUCCAAGCUCAGCCCAUACGGAUCUGAGGCCAAUAACACAAGGACUUGCGAUCAUCCCAAGGGCUAAAAGUGCCUCUCGUACAUCCUCAAGGAACAGUCUCAAAUCUGACUCUGCCUCCUCUGUGCAGUCAGUGGCAGAUGAGAAUCUUUCUUUGGACAACAUUGAGAAUCUCCUCUCCGAGAAAGUCGAGGACAGGAAAGAUGACUUGAAAGCUGCUUUUGAAGCUUUUGACCAGGAAGGUAACAAGACUGUAACCAAAGGGGAAUUCAAACGUGUAAUAGAGGGGUUUCUUGUUCCGCUAACUGAAUCUCAGUUUGAGGGACUGUUGGGAAAGCUUGAAAUAAAAGAAAAUGGAACCGUUCCUUAUCUGGAGUUUCUUAGAAAAUACUGCAAGGUCUCAUCGAUCACAGAAAGAGUUCCAUACCCGAGUGCAAAAUAUAGAAACAGGUCACUUGGAGAGCUACAGCGUCAUUUAAAAGACAAGAUUGGAGACAAUUUGAAAAACAUCACCAGGGCUUUUCGACUGUUUGACUACAACAGCGAUGGACAGAUACAGCAACAUGAGCUACGCAAAGUGCUAGAAGGCUACUGUUUUCCCAUGAGUCAACAGGAGUUUCACAGAUUAUGGUCAAACUACAGCCCCUAUAAUGCUGACACAAUAUCUUACAAGGAGUUUCUCGAAAAACUUGGCGUUGAUUGUGAAAACUAUAGAAGGAUUGAACCAGAUUCAGUAAAACUGGCAUUGAACUGGGAUGCUGUCAAUCGGACUACAAGGCCUAAUAGUAAAACAAGCAUAAGAGCAUUUUCAGGCAAGUCCACAGACAUGAACUUGGAUGAAGUUCAGACCAAGUUUUUGAGCAAAAUGAAGAAAAAUUAUAACCUUGUUGAAAAAGCUUUGCAAGCAUUUGACGUCACAGACAGUGGGCUUGUAUCUCACGAGGAUCUCCGGUCUAUCUUCAGUAAUUUCCUCUUUCCAAUGGAUGACAACACACUCAGAGGUUUAUUAAACAGAUUUGGAGUGACCACCACAGACCCUGUGAAAUGGAGAAGAUUCCUUGGGAUGUUUAAAGAUGACAAGCAAGAUGUAGUUAUACAGAAUGCUUCUCCUCCAGAAACUGCAGAUGUGUGCGGUAUUGAAACAAUUCUACCUAGACUGCAACAACAACUACCUGAUCAUCAGCCUCGUUUGACAGAAGCUUUUGUAAAUGUUGACAAAAGCAACACUGGUUUUAUCAGUAGAGAUGAACUCCGUAGGGUUUUGGAGAACAUCAGCAUCAAUCUCACAGAUGAUCAGUUCAGAGUUCUUGCUGAUCAUCUGGAUGUUGAACAUGUGGAUGCCAUCAACUACAAACAAUUCCUAGACUCUCUCUAUCAACAAAGGCCAAUAGCGCAUACAGCAAAUUCAAAUGAAAAGAGCUCAGCGCAGUUAAACACUUUCAACACUUCCACGCCAACACAGAAUACGAUAGAAGAAAUUUUAAAGGAGAAUCUCGCUGAGAACUAUAACAUGCUGAUUGAAUCCAUCGCCAAUGCAACCCAAAACCAAAGUGACAACAUGGCUCCAGAAGACCUGAGGAGACUGAUCCAACAAUACGGCCUACCGCUCUCUGAACAUCACUUCAGCAAGCUCUGUGAACCAUUUUGGGAGGAUGGAGCUGUGAACUACAAGUUGUUCUUGAAGAAUUUAGGUAUUUCUGAGAGGAGAGCAGAUAGUAGGAACCUGAGUAACCUUGAGAGGGAAGAUCAGGCACACGAGGCUCAGAGAUUGAAUAUAAAAUCACUAGCGGUCCAGGGCGUCGUUUUGAGAAAACUCAAAGAAAGGCUUCAGAAACGAGGGAUGACCCUUCAGGACCGUCUGAUGUCCACGACAGGAGUGCUCUCCCUCAGAGAUUUCUGUAAAAUUCUGGAUGACUGUGGAAUUUACUUGGAAGGUCCUCAGUUUCAGAUGCUCAUUGAGUCUUUAGGUUUCAACAGUGGACAGAUUUCUGUUACUGACUUUGUGGCCAAAUAUGAAGACACAACAACAUCAGAAAUGAAUGAAGAGAUGGGUAGACAGACAGAAAAUGUACAAACUGCCACCAUUUUAUCUGCUGAGGACUGUUUGAGUCAACUUAAGAAGAAGAUAAAGGAAUAUCAUGGGGAUCUUUUGACCGCUUUUCGUCUUAUGGAUAAAAACCGAGAUGGCGUAGUGAAUCGGAAUGACUUUAGGGCUUUGUUCGACAGCUUGAUGUUUGUAACCAAACAUAAGGAAUAUCAAAGAUUGCUCGAUCUGGUGGGCCUUACACCCGGUGCCACACUCAACUACGCCGAAUUCUGCGAUAAGGUCAACUCCAGCAGCAAGAUGAAACCACAUCAACACGAAAUCUUACGUGAUGGUUGGCUUUGCAGUGCAUUUGACCAAGUACAUAACCACCUGGCAUCCCUAGCACAUAAAGGAUCCUUAGAGUUCUCAAAGGCCUUUGGUCAGCUGGGUGAAGAUGGUGAGAGAAUCAUGAGCAAGGUUGACCUAAAACAACUUCUUUUCAAAUAUUACUUACCCAUCACACCACAGGAGUUUGAAAAACUGUGGGCCAGGUAUGAUGAUGAGGGAAAAGGCUUUCUUACUCAGACAGAGUUUUUAAGAAAGCUUAAAGUCACACCAGAUGAGGACACUUUACAGGAACAGCCCCCAGUUUUAAUGACAAAACCUGACACAGAGGUCACGCUACAGAAUCUCAGGAAGUGGAUCAAGAGUCACUUUGAGAAAGUAAGUGGAAGCCUUGUGGUUCUGGAUAAAAGCCAAGAUGGUCACGUGACCGUAAUGGACCUCCUCUCUCUCCUGCACAGACAUGGUUUUCAGCUAACGGAAACACAGCUGAAGGAUCUACUAAACCUCCUUGGGUUUGACACCUGUCACAAGAAGCUGCCAUAUCUUGAUUUUCUGAAGCAUCUCACCGGAUCUCCGUUACCUAGUGGGUCACCAGGUGAGGAUUUUCCAGAACCAGUGGAGCUAAGCACAGAAAGAGCCAUGCAGCGGGUCAAAGAGAUUGUAACUGCUUCCUCAGACAUUCUUUACAAGGCUUUCUCUGCGUUUGACAAGACUGGAGAUGGUAUGAUACCCCAAGGAGAGUUUCGGAAAGUGCUGAACCAUUUCUGCAUGCGUCUCUCAGAUGUGCAGUUCAGGAAGUUACUCUCCAAACUGAGUUUACGUGAAGGAGAGGAGAUCAUGGUUGACUGGAAGGAAUUUCUGGAAGUCUUCAACCUCCACAAACAAGAGACAGCAGAUGAAUGGCUGAGGAAAAUCCAGAAGAUGCGCUUUCCUAAUCAGACCCGUCCAUUACUGAUCACUGAUGUCCUGAGGAGGAUACAAGAAGUUGUGUCGGCCCGUCUUUACACCAUUUCUAGAGAGAUGGCGGACCUCGACUAUGCCAAUGUUAAUGCAAUCUCCAAAGACGACUUUAGGAGCAUUUGUGAUCGCCACUUCAUGAGACUGACAGACGAUCAGUUUCAAAUCCUUUGGAAAAUGCUACCGGUUAACGGCUUUGGAAAUCUGGAAUAUCAAGAAUUCCUAAAGAAGUUUAGUGGAGAACAGAAACAGUCUGAAAAAGUUGGUAGAUCAUUACCAGGUUCUGCAAGACCAUCGCUGGAUAGACCAGCAUCCCUUCAACGCCCCAAAACAGCACCGUGCACAUUAAGAUGUUAUUCGUCAUCAAGCACAGAUAAGUUGAGGAGACCCUCCACAUCAAGCAGGAGGCAGACGCCGCUCCUAAACUGUGAGGAUGUGGAGAUAAAAGUGCGUCCCAGGAUCCAGGAAUGUUGGAGGCACGUUCAGAGGAAGUGCAGGGAGGCGGAUACUGAGAGGACUGGAGAGAUAGAUGUGAAGACCUUCUUAGAGAUCCUCCAGGGCCUUCGCAUUGAACUCAGUCCGACUGAAUUCGAGCAGCUGGCUGUCAAAUAUGACAUCAAAAACAGUGGACGCGUCUCGUACCCUGACUUUCUACGACACUUUGUGCUCAUGUUCAGCCCUCAGAUUAACAACUCAUCCUGCAGACUCAAACUGCAGCUACCCAGGACACCAAUGAGUGCUGGACCACUUAGUGACCAGUGUAUUGAAGCCAUGCUGAGAAUUUCCAAGCCUGUCCAGGUUUUCUGGAGGCAGAUGAGGCAAAAAUUCAUCUCAUUUGACAAAGAGCGCAGUGGACAUAUCUCUCUCCAGGACUUCAGAAAGGUCUUGCGACAGUUCAGCGUGAAUCUGUCAGAGGAGGAAUUCUUCCAUUUCACGUCUUUUUUCGACAACAACAUCUCAGGAAAGAUUUCCUACAAUGAUUUCCUACGGAUUUUCUUAAAAUGAGUGCUUAGUUUCUUAUUUUCGAGGGCAGUAUGUGGGGUAGAUUGAGAGCUGAUACAUAGUCAAUACACUAAACAUAGCACGUACAUAGCAAAACACAAGUGCCAACGUUUUGAGUGCAUUGUCAUAGUUAAUGUGUAGCUAACAAUUUUUUUAUUAGAAAAAUAAACUCAAAUAUAUUCUAUGUUAAUGACUUAUUUUGUUUUUAUUUCAUGUCUAAAGUAAAAUGUUUGAACAAAUCUGCAAAGAACAGCAAUAUAUUACAAAAACAUGAAGUCAUUUCCAAUAAUUUUUUAUUAUUUGUAAACUAUUAAUAUGGAAUAAUAAAGAAACAUUUUAAAUAAA